UCCUCCUCUCUCAAAAACCCUUGUCUUCUUCUGUUCCUCAAUCCUCAUGAUUCAUGAAAAUAAUAAAAAAUAAUAAUUAUUUAUUAGAAAGAUUGGAGAAUCCAAAACUCUUGUCAAAGGAAAGUAAAUAAAAGAGAUUGACAACCCAACACAGCCCAUUUCUUCCUUUUUUCUCUGUGUACAUAAAUUUAGCCCCUUCGAUAUUAUUUUUUCUAUUUUCAUUCUAUUUUCAAGAGGAUUUUGAGGGAGCAAAAAUGGAUGAGAGGAUGCCACCUGCUGCGUAUUUCCAGUACUCACCCUCUGGCGUCCACUCAUCUCCUCAUCAUUCUAUCAGACCCUCCUCUGAUAGAGAAAGAUAUGUGGCUGAAUUAUUGGCUGAGAGGCAAAAGCUUGCGCCUUUUAUUCAAGUUCUUCCAUGUUGUAGUAGGCUUCUUAAUCAAGAAAUUGUACGGGCAUCGGGGUUGGCACCGAACCAAAAUUUUGUUAGUCCUGAGAGAAUUGAGCAUGGAAGUCCGUUAAGGUUAGCUGGUCGUACCUUGAGCGGUACAUCUAUGGAUGUAGAGGGAUGGUCAGGGAUGCAGGUGGAGGAACAUGGUUAUUUACAAAGAAUGGGGAGCUCUCCAGCACUUGCUGUUGGUUGGAAUGGGACUCCUGGAGUUGCUAUGAGUCCUUUUGUUAAGAAAGUUGUGAGACUAGAUGUUCCUGUGGACAAGUUCCCCAAUUAUAACUUUGUCGGUCGUCUUUUGGGGCCAAGAGGGAACUCCUUGAAAAGAGUCGAAGUUACAACUCAUUGCAGAGUUUAUAUCCGAGGCCGAGGUUCUGUCAAGGACUCUGCUAAGGAAGAAAUGCUAAGAGAUAAACCUGGAUACGAACACCUUAACGAGCAAUUACAUGUUCUUGUUGAGGCCGAGUUACCAGCAGACGUGAUUGAUGUCCAACUGAAUCGAGCUGUGGCAAUCGUUGAAGAACUUCUACAGCCUGUGGAUGAAUCGGCAGACUUUUACAAGAAACAACAGUUGAGGGAAUUAGCAAUGCUGAAUGGUACUUUGAGAGAAGAGAGCCCUCAUAUGAGCCCCAAUGUGUCUCCAUUCAAUAGUACAGGGAUGAAACGAGCGAAAACUGGUCUAUAAAAGAUACCAUGAUUAUGGUUCGACUUUAACUUCCUUCAUCAAGUACCUCUGCUUUAUGAAUGUGCAUAAUGCUCAUAGUUAUGGAGUCUACAGAGAGGUGGAUGAAAAGUUUUCGAUUAAGGGACGAAAGGAGCUCUUUGUAGGGCAGAACAGAGAUCAGAAAUUGCUUAUCGCUGGGGCUUGAAUUAUUUGUAGGUUAUACCUUUGAUCUGCGUACAUUUGUGUGGUAAUUCUUAAGUAGGUAUUCAAUUUGUCUGUACUUCUAUUCUAAUCAAUUGAAUUAAUAGAACCUAAUUACUGUUUGCAAAUUUGGUAGGAUUGGAGUUGGUAAGAUGCUAGAUGAUGGUCUUUAAGUUUUGUAUAUUGAUACAAUGAACUUGUUCAUGUAUGCUAUCAGCUUUUAUCUUAUGAUUCCCAUAGGCGUUCAGCUAAA